UUCUAUUUUUCUUUAUUUUGGAAAAGAUAUGGGUUUUCUGAAAUGGGUUUUUUACAUGCAUUUUUUUUUGUCAUGCACAACUAUUAACACCACCACCCCACACACACACACCCAGGUAACAUGUCGGGGAAGCAUCACAUGAUGAAGCAUGUAAGGACGCCGGUUUCGGCCCAUGGUCUCACUAACUCCUUGGGUUAUGUAGAAUCUUGAUUUUUCUUGCACUUUUACUUUAAUAUUGUGUUGGGACCACGUCUAAAGGUCCUUCCUAUCCUUUUACUGUUGGCCGGUAGAAAUUUUCAUAGAAGGUUCAAUGAAAAAAUGUAACCAUGGUCAGGCUACACAGAGGUAAUGUCUACCGGUUUAUGAGAAGGAUGACACAUUUGACGUGGUCCUGCCAUUGUCCGAGCCACGUCUUUGUCAACAAGAUGCACCGAGAGAUCUACGUAGCCGAGCUAAUUCUUCCUAUCCACUCAUCAGACCUCGUUAGGCUGUCCUUCGCUACCGGUGAGAACCAACAGCCUGCCACCACCUAUGCUCACUCUCCUAGACAUAUCGCCCACCUAUCGGGUUUAAAUUCUUUCGCGUCAUGACCGCUUUCUAUUUUCUCCGUUGGAAGACGCACUCCCAAAAAGCCGCGUCCGACAUCACCAAUACUCCUGAAAACCCUUUAAUUUGUAAAAGCACCCCUUUGUUAAAUGGGUACCCCCUAUCACUCUAUGUUUCCUACGUUGGAAAAGUUAAUGUCAAUCAAAUUGAUUUUAUAUCCUUUAUUAAACUUUUCUUGGAGCUUAGUCGAAAUUGUUAGUACCGAAUAAUAGUUAUACCCAAUGCAAGUUGCAUAUAGGAGUACAACUGUUAACCGUCAGAAAAACUGUUUACAUGCAUGGUGUGGCAAACAAAUUUCCCUCGUACGAUCGAAGUGAUUGCGGGCAUGCAUCGGGUGAGCAAUGCGCCUUCCGUCCAAAUUCUUCUAAAUACUGUAUACUAGUAGUGUACAGUACUGCUUUGUAGUGAGUAUAGGUAGUUUACUUACUCCCUCCGUUUCCUCCUAGUGUUUAGGAACGGAGGGAGAAGCAGGGGACUCCAUCGUUCAACUCGUAGAGUCAACACACGUUUACCCGUACACGCGUGUUCGUGACAUGGUAUCCGAGCCUUCCAUGAACAUGAGGCCGUCUAUUCUCGGAAACUAACUACAGCCUCGUCUCCGAUUCAUCGGAAUCAUCGCAGAAUCCUGAAACGGAAAGGUGGGGGCGAAAACGGAAGGAUACAGAUCGAACUCGUCCUCCGACUUCACCAAAGCCUCGGUCCACCCCUAAAAUCGACGCGUCUGCUGCUCUGGAUAUAAGCCCUGCAGAGACCACCCCGGCUCCACGAAAAUCCCCACGCAGCCUCAUCGAUCGAUCUAAACCAGCGAACCGAAUGGCAGCGCCCUGCAAGGGGGCAGCAAAACUGCCGCCGUUCAUGGCCGAAUCGUUUGCCUGGGAGACGACGGUGGAAGUGACCGUGGUGUCCGCGGAGGAGGUCGUCCUCGGGGGCAGCGGCGCCCUACGGCGCCGCCCGUUGUCCGGCGGCGCGUACGCCGCGGUCCACACCAUGUCGUCGGCGGCGCGCACCCGCGUGGACGACGAGGACGGCGGCGACUGCAACGGGUACCCCUACUGGGGCGAGGCGGUGCGGGUGAAGGUGCCCGCGUGGUCGUCCGCCAUCGACGUCGAGAUCUGCCGGACGAGGGGCGACGGCCGGGUGGAGUCGGUGGCGUCGGCGCGCGUGCCCGUCGCCGACUUCGGCGUCGGCCCGCCGGGACACCUGCAUUGCCUCAGCUACCGGCUCUUCGACAGCGGGUCCAGGAUGACCAGCCGCAACGGCGUCGUCAACAUCAGGGUCAAGAGGCUGGACGGCUGCGCGCCGCCGGGGGCGAUCGAAGGGAAAUUAGCCGGGAACGGGAAGGCGGCCGUGGAUGGUGACUGUGGCACGAGUGGGGGUAGUGGUGGUGGUUCUUGCUGUGGUGUCAAUGUCGCGGAGCAGGGCAAGGUUCAGUCGGCGCCGGCCGGCGUGGUGAUGGGGUUCCCCGUCGGGUACUCCGCUGAUGGCCAAGCCAGUGGCAAGGGCACUGUAUAGAUUAGAACAGGCUACGUAAAUUACUGUGGGAUUCUUUGGCCACGCCGUGUAAAUUUAAUCGGAUUUUGGCGUUGCGUUCUCUUUCAAUCGUGUUUAGGCGUUUUUGUGGCAUCCUCUCGGGUCUCGGCCCAAUGAAUGGUUGUUAGGAUUAUGAUGGUUCUGUGACUUCUGUCAAACACCCAAAGCUUUUGCGUUUUUUCCCUACUGUAUGAAACAAAACAUGGAUUUCGUCGGC